AUGAGUUCGGUAAAGAGUCAAGAAGUUCCUGCAGAAACAAAUUUGGAUGAGAAUCAUUCCCGAAAGCGAAAGCGACCUUCCUUUUUUGGUGAAUGUGGGGAACUGUCAGAUCCAGAGGAAAGAGAAAAUAUUUAUUCCGAUAAUUCGAUGGAAGAUGCGAAUUACGUUCCAGAUUCUCCAAAAGUGAUAGCAAAAGUUAAACGACUAAAACCUCUACCCAAAAAUCUUGUAAUGCAGUCCACUAGUACCGCUGUAUCGGCCAACUUUGACGAUUUGUUUAAUGAUAUCGAUAGGUCAGUGAAUGCAUCAAAGCCAAUAUUGGCAUCUAUAGAAUGUAAUAACGUUGAGACUAACGCUGCAAGAAUAAAUGAUGAAAAUGUGAUUAUUGACGUUUGUUCAAAAUCUGAUGAACCAAUAAAUAGCGACUGUAGUAUUGUAUUAAAGGCAACAGAAUCACCAAUCGAAAAUAACAUUACCGUUACAAAUGCUAGUCAAAAACCCGAUGAUAUUGUUAUUGUUGACUCUUGUACAAAAACUGAUGUACUGCCAACAAGUAGCAAUUAUGAUAAGGCAUUUCAAGAGUUAUUGAAUAUAUCCAAACAUAUUCUAGCAAGGAUAAGAGCUCUUGAAGGAAAUUUACUUAAGAUAUCUGUCGAACAUAUGAAGUCAAACAGAUCAGGAAAUAUGUUCCAACCCAUGCAUGAACAGAAUCAAAUUUUUCUCAAAACAAUUGGUUUGCCAUUUGAAGAGGAUUCGAAAUUUGAAUUAUUUGAACAAAGAUUGGCGGAUUCAAAAUUUCAGAAAUCUGUGGUAGAUGCGUUCAGUACGAUUCCAGAUCCCGAGAAUAUUUUUCAAAGUAGUAGUACCGACAAGAUUUUGAAGAAAUUCAUUUAUGCAAUUAUGAGUAAAGAAUUACUUUCAUAUUACACAUGGACGGGAAAAACCAGAAAAGGUUCUGAGAAAAAAAAGUCAUUUCAAGAUCUUGUGCAUAUCAAUAAACUUCUGCAUGAUCUUGUUUUAACAAAAGAUUCACGCUUCAAUCUCCAGAUAAUGGAAAAAGUUAUGGUAUCGAAGGUUUUGAAAUACGCCUAUACGUAUAGGAAAACAAUAGUUUCACCUCCAAAUGAAAACCAAAAAAUAUAUGAUACUGUGGCCAACCCUCCAAUGGAAUCAACUGAAUAUCUAUGUGAGUUGAGGCCUACAACGGCAAACAAUAGUGAAAAAACAUUACCGUGUGGGUCAAAUGUAUUCGUUCCUGCAGUGACAAAUGGUCAACAGAUCGGCACACAUCGAAACCUAUCGAAUAGCAAUUCUACGACUCAUUCGUCAACUGAUCGUCAAACUGUAAAUUCAACAAUUAUUCUGGACAGGUAA